CCAGGUCGGCCUACUCUUUGGGCUCCUAGGCGGAAGCCGGUUCCGGCGCAGGUCGGCGCUCUUAGCCAGGGGUCUUACGGCACCGGGAGCCGCCAUUAUGGUGCGGAAGCUUAAGUUCCACGAGCAGAAGCUGCUGAAGCAGGUGGACUUCCUGAACUGGGAGGUCACUGACCACAACCUACACGAGCUGCGCGUGUUGCGGCGUUAUCGGCUGCAGAGGCGGGAGGACUACACGCGGUACAACCAGCUGAGCCGGGCUGUGCGAGAGCUAGCGCGGCGCCUGCGCGACUUGCCCGAGCGCGACCCGUUUCGCGUGCGCGCCUCGGCUGCGCUGCUGGACAAGUUGUAUGCUCUCGGCCUGGUGCCCACACGCGGCUCGCUCGAGCUCUGCGACUUCGUCACGGCUUCGUCCUUCUGCCGCCGCCGACUGCCCACCGUGCUCCUGAAGCUGCGCAUGGCGCAGCACCUCCAGGCCGCCGUGGCCUUCGUGGAGCAGGGCCACGUGCGCGUGGGCCCCGACGUGAUCACUGACCCCGCCUUCCUUGUUACGCGCAGCAUGGAGGACUUUGUCACCUGGGUUGACUCGUCCAAGAUCAAGCGGCACGUGCUGGAGUACAAUGAGGAGCGCGAUGACUUCGAUCUGGAGGCCUAGCCCGUCGUCCCUGCCUUUUGUGGAUGGGAAAGCUGAGACCUGACGCUUCAGAUUCUGUGAGGGCGGUUGCCCCAAGAGUGUGUCGGCCAGUCAUUGGUUCUUAAGAACUUGGUCCCUCAGCAGCAGGCCACGCACAGAGCCAAAGGGUACGGCCGUUUUCCGUGAACUUUUCUUAGUCCUUGGACAAUUGAUAAUUACAAGACUGAUUAAGAGACAAUGAGAAGCGUUUUUGUGCUGCACUGCAGAAUUGUUAGAUUAUGGGCCUGAAACAUUGUAGUGGGAGGGAACCUUGAGGCCCCCCCCCCCGCCCCCUAGCUUUCCCUUUAUUAUCUUGUAGCGGGACAGUUGGCUCAAAUCUGUUUAACUGGAGUACUUGAUCUUGUUUUGUGAUUAAGCUAAGUACAGACGAUGGAUAAUUUGGUCUCAGGUUUUCAUAAAAUGGGUAGAUUAGUAUCUUGGGUCCCCACCUGUGCCUAAAGGAAUGCUUUCCUAAUGCCAAUAAAUGGCCCAACUGUUUUGUAAGAGCAAA